AUGAAGCAGGGGGAUGCGGGGAGGAGGGCGGUGACACCGGGUACAGGUAUGGCAGACCUCAGCGCGACCUGGGAGCAUGAGUUGCUGGAGCAGUUCUCCUGUCUGACUGCUAACACGGAGGAGGAAGGGUCCCGUCUGCAUACUGCAGAUGAUUUCACUUGGGACAGCAGCGACAACACAACAGGCUUGUUGCAUUUGAGUGAUGAAGUCCUGCUGGUUAUAUUGAGGAAUUUGGAUCCAAUGUCGCUGCUGAGGCUCGGCAGCACGUGCAGUUUACUGUUCCGAGUUUCUUCGUGCAACUCCCUGUGGACCACACACUUCCAGGAUUCGUUUGGGGUCAGUCUGUCAAAUACCAAUGCCAGGUGUCCCGUAACUGCCAAAACUGCCUUCCGCUUAGUUUUUAUGUGGAGGUCCCUCUUCAGAAACAUCCACUGCAACCGUGCGUUUCAGGAGAAGCUCUUCAUUGAGAUCCCUCAAGCGCCACACAAAUACUGGAUCCAGUGGCUGGUUCUGGAGGAGAGCGUCCCACUUCCCUCCGUCAGGCUGCCCUCCAGAGAUGUGGAGAAACUCUGGGGAAUCACUGCUGAUUUAUUCCAGGACAAACUACAAGAGAAAACUGAGGAUUGUGAUACACUGAAGUUUGAAUGGAGGGAGUUGUAUCAUCUUGCACUGGAGCAUCAUGGUAGUGCAUCUCUGGUCCUCCAGCAUGUUCUCCGCCAACAGCAAUACAAUGAGCACACAGAGCUGGAGUCCAUGUACCAUCAGUACGUCCAGUGCAGGUUCCAGUGGCUCUUCACAUACUGGUUGUUUCGCCAGCCCACUCCAUACAACAAGCAGCUGCGAUCCAUUUUCCUGCAGUGGAAGAAGCACAGCAAGAGAAAGGUGUCCACCUGGGGAGAGACCCUGUGUGAUGUGAGAUACCUGGCCUCCCUGCACCCCAUCACCAAAGACUACUGGAGAGGACGAUUGGCUAGGGGAGAUGAGAGUCUGGGGAUUCAGACGGUUGGAAACUACUUCUCUAUGUGCAAGUCUCUCGUGGCCUGGAUCUUGGGCCGCGACUGGGGCCGACUGAAGCGAAGAAAGGUUUAUGAAGACACACUGGAGGGAGUGUAUCUUCUGCUGAGGCGAGAGAUGCAGGAGACUCUGAUCGAGCACGAGCGCUUCUGGCAUGUGGCUAAAGUCCAGAUGAGCCGCGUCUGCACACUGGAGGAGACCGCAGCAAACUACGUCAACUGGAAGAUGAUCGAGACGCUCCCUUACUACAAGCUGUAUCUGGUCUCUGGAAAUUCUGUGUAUCUGGAUCAUGUACAAGGUUUCUUGCGGAGGAAGCGGUUGAUCCGGGAUUGGAUUUACCAGGAGGAAAACACUUGGGCUCGACAGUUACUGCCUGAAUCGCUCUACACGCUGCUGGAGUUUGACACAAAGAUCUCCCAAGAAAGUUUGCAUGGGGACUCAGUGUGUGCUCAGCUGAGUCGAGUGAUGUGGCUGUAUCUGAACUCGGGUCAGCAGGAGUAUCUGGAGGAGCUAAAGGCUGUGGUACUGCACUGUGCUCGGGUCUGUCUCGGGCAGAUCUCCUUCUGCUGGAACUCUGCAGACUCACCACACACACACUGAUCUGUUUUUACUUGUAAUCUUUUAACAUUGGAAUUUUAAUGGCUUUUUUUUUGCCCUCAAAUGUAUACAUCUUAAUUUUUUGAACACUUAGAGUAGUUUCCCCCACUAUUUCUUUUCCUUUAGGCUUUUUUUAGUGCACAACUUUUCUCGUCUUCUGUCUGAGUAAAUGCAGAAAUGCGCAUGUUUUUUUAAUAAGUGCAAUAUGAUAGUUUUAAUCAUGUUUUCUGUAGCAUGCUGAAUGUGGACUUCUUUCUUUGUAGUUUUUUUUUAAACAUUAGUUGUUGCUUAUAUAAGAGCAAUACAGUGGUUUUAAUCUUGUUUUUAGUAUGCCUAAGCGUGGCCUGCUUUCUGUGUGACUUUUUUUUUAAUUCUUUUUUAAACAUGGGUUAAUUGUAUCAUGAACUGCAAGGUUGCUGAUUGAUAAAAGCAACUUCACACCCA